AUGUUUCGGCUGCUACCCUGGUCCUCUGCAAUUGGGGGGAAUAAGGUGAUGGCUGAGGAGCUCAAGAUGCUCGCGACCUCGCCACACUGCGCUGCCCCGGGUGUGAACAGCCUGGCGCUGCCCCAGUUGAAGCGCAAGCGGUCCGAUUCGAGCGAUUCAGCCACCGGCCAAGGUGCUCCGGUCGCAACCAAGUUGCGCGCAGACGAUACGCCCAGCAAUCCGGUCGCGAUUGAUCAAAAUCCGUCUCUCUCUCUCAGCGAUGCGACUACGACGUCGCAGGAACCGACAGCCCUCAGCGAUCGCGCAUCCCAACCGUCGCACCCGUCCGACAAUGCAUCUCGUCAGAACCCCGAUCCGUCAGGUUUCCCAGGCGCCAACCAGGAUGCCACCCCGCGCAAAGUGAAUGUGGAAAAGUUGCGCGAGACGUUGGAGGCACAGUUAAGCUUAGAGGUGUUGUUGAAGCACAAUGAACUCCGUUUGAUCGACCAAGAGAUCGCCAAAUGCCAAGUCGCGUUGGAACAGUUGCGACGGUGCGCCGAGAUCCCUUAUCCGGGAUCGCAUGCCCCGGGUCAAUCGGUCAGCAACGGCACGGGAAUGGCAGUGUUAGCUCCUGGAAAUGGACCUCCACCGCUCUCCCCGGCACCGUGGGGUGUCACGGAUGGCCCGUACACCCGCCACUAUGCCCGAUGGUUGCUUCCGGACCCUCGUUUCGACGGAGGGGAGCUCGAGCCGGCAACCCCUCUAGGGUUCGGCGCGCCAGGUACGCCGCUGAUGGAAGGUCGUUCGACGCGUGGGAACUCUGGCGAUGGCUACUGGGCCAGCAAAUCUCGUUUCCAGAGAGGCUCGGGUAACAUGAAGCUGCAAUCCUUGCCGAAUGGCUAUCCGCCGCCGAAGGAGAAAGCGGGCCCGAUGAUCAUCCGGCGAAAGUCAGAUGGUGUCCUGGUCAAACUUGUCUGCUUGGAUUGUCGACGGGACAAUUUCUCCAGCACGCAAGGAUUCAUCAAUCAUUGCCGCAUUGCCCAUAACAGGAACUUUGCUAGUCACGAUGCGGCCGCGGUCGCAUCGGGAGAGCCCGUAGAGGUGGACGAAGCAGGUGCGAUCAUUGGGGGUAAGAACGACACCUCCAGCACCGCCACGGCAGGUUACGUUCAUCCGCUCAUUCGAUCGGCUCAUGUCAUUGAGUCGUCCAAGACACCAUCCGCGUCGGAAGCCUCUGACAACGCGACGCCCCGGAAAUCGUCGGUCUCCAGCCGGCAGGCGUCCUCCGUGGUGGAAACACCUCGUCCGUCUGCCCACCCUCUACCCACUCAGCGCCGUACGCCGGCGAAGCCAUCGGAUGACUUCCUGGGCUCGCCGGCUACGCCUCAUCUGUCAUCACUGAUGCAGCUCAAGGGUGUUGGACUCGACCUGGACCGACUGGUUGGGGAAGCGAAGACCCCCGUGGAUCUGAGUGCCUACUCGUCCGAUGAAGGCGAGUCGGACGUGGAGCCGGCCCCGCCGUCGGUCAAUACGAGUCACGGCGAAAAACCGACUGAAACUCGCAUUGGCCGGCAACCGAUGCGGACCACAGCUCCGCAAGCCGGGUCGCGGCGCCCAGGUAGCCGCAAGGGGGUGGACAAGACGAGUCAUAAGCCCCUCACCUUGGAAACCCUGACGCCCACGCGGGCCGCGCCUUAUCAAUCCCCGUACGGCCCACCCUCAUCGGUGGCUCCGAUCGAUGACCUUCGUCUUCGUGAAGUCGAUGGGGUCGAUCGUUCGGCCAAUCUCAGUCCGAAUACCGUCGAGUCGAACCAGGCUCCGAGUCUGGUGAGCGACGACGAUGAUGACUGUGAAGCGGCGUCGGAUUCGGAUAGCCCGGGUCCCAGCUCGUCGGAAGCUGGGGAUCACGAAGAAGACUUCAGUCACAUUGACGUGGAAGACGACGACGAUACGACGGGCUCCACGACGACCAGCGAUCCCAAGUCCGACCCCGCCGGUCACCCUUCCCCGUCUUUUUCGAAACCACUCCGGGGCGGCAGCUCCAAGAAGAAAGACAGCCUUCUUUCUGCAUCCCUGGUGUCGUUGAACCGCGGCAAGGAUGAGAAGCGCGUGAGCUUUGCCAGCCCGGACACCAGUCCUGCCAAGAGAAAGAAGGACCACAAGCGAAAACCUAGUGGAGGCCAGUAA